UUGCCAUCCUGUACCUGUCCCGCAGGUGUGAUGUUCGGAUGCACCGAUCCUGUGCAGGCGUUGUUAAACGUGGUCUGCCACUGCGAGGAUGAUCGGCUGUCGGUCACAGUACGGACAUUGCAAUUUAUUGCCCUAGCCACAUCUGCAGUCCUCAUGCCUCCUUGCAGCAUGCCUAAGGCACAUUCACUCAGAUGAGCAGGGACCCUGGGCAUCUUUCUUUUGGUGUUCUUCAGAGUCAGUAGAACGGCCUCUUUAGUGUCCUAAGUUUUCAUAACUGUGACCUUAAUUGCCUACCGUCUGUAAGCUGUUAGUGUCUUAACACUGUUCUACAGGUGCAUUUUGAGUUCCAAAUAUCUCUAACGGUCGCCCCAGCGUGAGUUUUUUUAUGCAAGUGAUGUUAGAACGUUAUCUCCAUUCCAGAAUGUAUACAAUGCAUUCUGGAUUUCACGUGAUCGCCUGUCGUACCAAAGAUGCUAUAACAAAAUGAGGUGAGUCAGGGUUUACUCAUUUUGAGAACUUCAAGAAGUGAAUGGUGGGAUGAGAACGAUGGUAGACGACACACCCCUUCAACACCCCUUCAACAUGCAUACUAUAAACAGACCAAACUCAUCUUGUCUUUUAUUAUCUUUGUGGAAAAAAAUUUGGCUGCGGGCUGAAACUAAUCAUCUGAUUACUUUCGAUUUCUAGAAAGUGUUUAACUCAACGGUCCAGCACUGAGAGGAGGUGAUGGGGAUUGAAAAAUUAACAUGGCGUUUUCUUAUUCAUUGCAUUUGGCUUGGAGUGUGGGGAGUUGAUACCUCGUCAUGGACUGCUGAGGUGCCCAACUCAGUCUCCGGCCUGCAGGGCUCAUGCAUCGUGAUUCCCUGCUCAUUCAACUACCCAGAACCAAAGAUAAAGCCCUCUGAAUUCACUGGCAUCUGGUUCAAAGACACUUAUGAGGUUAUCUACCACCCAGACACCUCCAACGCCAUCACAGACUACAGGCAUCGUACAGAGCUGGUGGGAGACCUCAGACAGAAGAACUGCUCUCUCAGAAUCGACCCCCUCCAUCGCAGUGACGAAGGACCCUUUACUUUCAGGAUUGAAAUAAAAAACUAUAACAAGGCUUCAUACAAAGAUGACAGAGUCUCCAUUGCAGUGAGCAGCUCUCCAGACCCCCCCUCUCUGUCAGUGAUGGAGGAGGUGAAGGUGGGGGAGGAGGUAUCUGCCUCCUGCUCUGUGUCUCACUCCUGCCCAUCUGAUCCCCCUCGCAUCACCUGGAGCCACUCUGGAACACCCAGCAUCCAAUCACAGCAGCAGACCAAGGGCCAGUGGGAAGAGACAUCAACCAUGACCUUUAGAUCCAGCAUCGCUGAUAACAACCAGCCUCUGGUCUGCACAGCAGCAUACAGGGGAGGGAUGACAGUGAGCAGCUCCAAGACGCUAAAUGUCAAAUAUGCCCCAGUGGAUGUGAAGGUUAAGGGAGUGUCCAGUGUGAAGGAGGGAGACUCUGUAGAACUGAGAUGCUCCAGUGACAGUAACCCUGCUGCACACAGCUACCGCUGGCACAACAGCAGAGGGCGUCUGUCCACCACUGGACCCACACUCACACUAGAGAAUGUGACCAGACUCACUGAAGCCCUCUACUGCACUGCCAUCAACACAGAGGGACAAGUCCCCUCCAGCCCUCUGAAGCUCAACAUAGAGUACCCCCCUGAGAUCAAAGUGGACUCAGCCUGCACUUCAGACAUCUCCAUGGUAACAUGUCUGUGCAUUGUGGAUUCAGAGCCCCCCAGCACUGUGGAGUGGUCUCUUCCAGCAGGACACCUGCCCAGUACCAGGGUGGAGAUGCAUGGGUCAGUUACCAUGGUGACCCUACAGAGGGCACUAGGCUUCUCAGAGACCGUCCACUGCCAUGCCAACAACACACAGGGCAAUGCCACCUUGUCCUUCACUGUGCCCACAAAUGGUAAGAUUUUCCUGCUGUACGUUUCAAUUGGUAUUACUGCAUUUGUGGUGGUAGUGAUAGUAAUUCCCAUGUCAGCUUGCCUAUUGACUAAGAAGUGUGGGACGAGUCAUAGUGACCAACCAGUAGCCAGUAAGCAGGAUAUGGAUGCAUCCAAGUCUGCUUCCUCAGAUCCCUCAACAUCAAGGAAAGAGCAGAAAGACACCAGCAGUGAAACCCACGCAAACUACUACACCAACGAUCAGCUAUAUGGCAACAUGGAGGCUGAAGAGGAUGGCGACCCAUACGAAUGUGUCGGUGAAGACGAUGCAAUCUAUGGUAACAUUUGAACACAACAGGAAGCAUGUGGGAGUCAGCUGGCUCAGAGGCCAUUGUACUCAGUCUGUCAAAGGUUCCAGUAAAAUAUUUACAUUUUAACCCAAUGUAGCACAGCAGCCGACUGCUUAUUUGUUAGCUUUAUUGUUCUUAUGGCUAAAGAAUAUAGUACAUUCUUAUUUGUGUUGUGGCAUGUGUUAUGGCUUUCACAAGGCUUUUGUUUGUAUCUAUAGCUUGGGUGAAUCAGAAUGAACCUGAUAUGAAUGGCUAUACAGUUAUAAUUAUUGGGAAGUGUAUAUACAGUAUAUUAUUGUUUUUGUGUUGCUCCUUUCAACUGUAAUCCACUUAUGUGUAACUGACACUCAGGUCAGCACAGUGCUUCUGUUGUCCACUUGAAUGUCAGACAGAUACAGUAUAGUGUCAUUUGUCAUAACAGGCCAUAUUGAGAUAUACUGUAUGUACAUGAGAUGGAGAAUACAACGAUUGUAAAGUAAAGUACCUUGAACAUCUUCUCCAGAUCAGAUUGAAUAUGAACAUGUGUAAAUUAUCAACAACAACAGUGAUCAAAUGAAAAAUAUGUGUUUCAUUGCAUUUUAAUAUAGUCUGUAAUGUUUGUUUCUGAAUCUCCCAAUCUACUACUGAGUUAUUUUUCAUCCUUUAUGUUCUUACUGGGACACUCUGAUCCACAUUGAUCUAAUGUGUGGGAAAAACAAACAUCUAUUGUUACCAUAAAUCAACGUCAAGUACUCAAAGAAUGUAAAUGUCAAGCAGAAGUAAUUAUUAGUCACCAAUGAGCUGCUGUCUCCACUUGUCUUCCUCUUCUCAGGGGUCUUCACUGGUUAUCACAGCCACAAAGUCCUAAACCCCACCUAUAUCUACAAAUUAUCUAAUUAAAAUCUGCUUUUAAACCUAACUCUAACCUUAGAUGAAAAACAAAACACAUUUUUGUUUUCAUAGAUUAUAAGGAUAUAGUCCGUUGACUUUGUGGCUGUGUUAUCUAGUUGAAACUCUUCUCAAGUCAUGGUGGCCUCUGUAAAUCAACACAUCUCAUCCUGUUGGUUCAUAGAAGGUAUUACAUCAUAUGUUUAUGUGAAAUGGUUUGAGGAUUGAUGAGCAAGAGAAGUAGAGGACUAAAAUGUGAACAAACUUAAUGCAGCACCAGUUCUGUCUGGUCUGCUCUAGAUUCACAUCAAAGAUUAUCAGGACGAUGUUGUUGUAGAUUUGGAUCACAAUAAAUGGUGUUGCAGUAAAAGCCCAUGUAGAGAAUCUAUCCCAAAGUGAUCCCCUAUAGUUAUAUACUCUGAGUACAAACAGUCUAAACCAUCUACCAUAUAAACAAUACACAGGGGGAAUGUUGCUUAUUUUGUAAAAAAAAAUUACAAUACAUUCUGGAACUUUGAGGGUUUAUGACACUAGUAAUUUAAUAGGAUCUCUAUGGCGAUUCUGAUCCAACAUUUAAUACAUACAUUGUUAUGCCCCUGAGAGGAUGGAAGUUCAAUAUGUAGCUAGAUGUAGAAGGCUAAUGUUAACUAGGUAACGUGUCCCAUGAAUGGAAGUUAAGCCAGCAAGCAAGCAUUUCUGCCAGGUAGCCUAGGACCACAAAAAAAAGUGUGUACUGUAUGACAGAGUGAUAGAUCGUUUUGUCAACAUGAAAGAGAGGAGGAUGGUUUGGCGUUUCUCUACAAGGAGGGUCAGUCAACAGGUUUUUCUACUUGCACGAACAUGCGCACACACACGCACACAGAAAUCAGAACCAUGGACAUCAUAUUCUUCCCAAGUGAUUUUACCCACACCUGACAGCAAUGUCUUUAGGUCAGGACAACUAUACACGUGUCUUUACUCUAUUUAAAUACAUACAUUUUCCAGUAUUAAAAUUAUAUUUUACACACUGUCAA